GCUGGAAGGGAAGACAGCCAGUGGGUGGGCUGGGCUGUGGUCCUGUUUUCAGCUUCUUACUUUGCAAAUCAAACUAAAUGCACGUAUGAAACGCAAAGCACGCGCACACAGACGCCACAGAAUGACUUAGAGGCCGCGCUUCGUGCGCCAGUGCACUGAAACAUGGGUCCCUGCAGCGUCCAUGUCCUUGUGCUGCUCUUGCUGCAGACCCUGCAGACAUCAGCUGAGGGCUCAGAUGGACAGCUGGUGUGUCUGUGUGAUAGCACUACAUGCCAGGCCACUGAGUGUCAGGGCACCCAGUGCUUCUCCUCUGUCAAUGUUGGCAGUACUGGGGUGGUGUAUGAGUGGGGCUGUCUAAUUGGCCCGGAGAAAAUUCGUUUACAUUGCUCCACACCUCCGUCCAUCUACCAGGCACUUAUCUGCUGUUCUAAGGACAUGUGCAACAGCAACGUUACCAGGAGCACUCUGCUGUCUCUGCUUCCAUCAGGCGAUGAACCUGCAGGUGAACCGGUCGGGUAUCCUGUGGAGACAUUAGCUUUUUUUGUCCUUGGUCCAGUGGUGGUUCUGGUUCUACUAUCUGCCGUGUCAGUGUUGGCGUGCCGAAGGCUCCACCAUGGGCGUCUGCAGAGGCUGCAGGAGUUUGACACUGAGCAGGGAGCCAUAGACGGCCUCAUCACAUCUAAUGUGGGAGACAGCACUUUAGCGGACCUGCUGGACCAUUCGUGUACGUCAGGUAGUGGUUCUGGUCUUCCCUUCCUUGUCCAGAGAACUGUGGCCAGACAGAUCAGUCUGGUAGAGUGUGUUGGCAAAGGAAGGUAUGGAGAGGUGUGGCGGGGUCAGUGGCAGGGGGAGAACGUGGCUGUUAAAAUCUUCUCCUCAAGGGAUGAAAAGUCCUGGUUCAGAGAGACAGAGAUCUACAAUACUGUGCUACUUAGACAAGAAAACAUUCUGGGCUUCAUGGCAUCUGACAUGACCUCUCGAAACUCUAGCACCCAGCUGUGGCUCAUUACCCAUUACCACGAGAACGGGUCCCUUUAUGACUACUUGCAGAGAGUAGCAGUGGAGACAACGGAGGGCCUGGCAAUGGCGGCGUCCAUAGCGUGCGGCCUUGUACACUUGCACACAGAGAUCUUUGGCACAGAGGGGAAACCGGCCAUUGCCCAUCGUGAUUUGAAGAGCAAAAACAUUCUUGUUACAAAGGAUUUGCGCUGCUGCAUCGCAGACCUGGGGUUGGCUGUGACUCACUCUCAGGCAGACAACCUCCUGGAUGUGGGCAACAAUCCAAAGGUUGGUACCAAGCGCUACAUGGCGCCUGAGGUCCUGGAUGAAACCAUUCAGACCGACUGCUUUGAUGCCUAUAAGAGAGUAGACAUCUGGGCCUUUGGACUGGUGCUGUGGGAGAUAGCCAGGCGCACAUACAGCAAUGGUAUUGUGGAAGAGUACAAGCCUCCGUUCUACGAUCAGGUGCCAAACGACCCAAGCUUUGAGGAUAUGAGGAAGGUGGUGUGUGUGGAGCAGCAGAGGCCUUUCAUUCCCAACCGCUGGUUUUCUGAUCCUACUCUCUCUGCCUUGGUGAAGCUGAUGAAGGAAUGUUGGUACCAAAACCCUUCUGCGAGGCUGACGGCACUACGCAUCAAGAAGACCCUGGACAAGAUUCACAGCUCUUUAGAGAAGGGCAAGGAGUCGUGAGAGGCAUAGGGGCUUCAGAGGCAGCUGUCUGAUGUCAGGGAUUGGCUUGGAGAAGAUCCCAGAGUUUGUGAAAAGGGGACGAACAAAAGGAGUGGAGAAGUCUUUUCAGUGUCAUCGAGCCUCAACCUUCUCUUGCGCUCACUUUCUCUUCCUUUCUCUGUGGUUGCCUUCCACCAACAUCCCUCUUUCUGGCUCAGAAGCCCACACAGAUGUUUGGACUCGUGUGAACAAGCCAGCCUUUGCUACGGGACACAAACCAGUUGCCAAUGUGUUUGCACUGACCUGAACUGUGAGCUGACUGAGGACCAUGGCGUACGGUACUACCCCAUCCUAAUGCUUUACAAAGCCUACGUAAGACUGCUCUGGGUCUAGCCUUUCUACACACACACAGACACACACGCACACACACACACACACACAUCAUCAUCAUCAAACACUACAUUGUGCGAGUCUUCAACAAUUCAGUUUCUGAUUCCCAGCCAGUGUUUCCUGCACGUGGUUGUGGCAUUCUGCUGAGAGACAAUCCAAAAAUGUUUUCUUCAUUUAGCUUUAUUACAAGUCUAUUAUUAAACUAUUGUCACAAACACAGAAACAUGUUCACUAACAAAAAGGAGAAGAGCCAAUAGUAUCAAUAAUUUUUAAACUUUUUAAAAAAUUUGAUAUUUAUGUAUUCAACCUCCACUGUUCCCACACUGAGAAUAUGUAUGACUGGUGUAAUGAUCGAUGUAUGGUGGCUCGUGAAACUUGACUGUAUACAUACAUUAGGUAUUUACUCUGAACUUUCUAUACCCAUUAAUGGAGCUAGUAGGAAAUUACUUGUUGAGAAAUAGUAAGGAGAGAUAUUACUGGAGAGCUUGUUCUGAACAGGACAGCACUGUAGAAUACUAAAGAUAUUACUUGUUUAUGCUGGUGGUUUCUGGAGUAGACACAAGUACCUGCCAAUAGGAAUUAGACUGUAUCUAAGACAAUGAACUGAGUUGAUCCUCUGCCUGAUGUAUUUCAUAAACUCACUGUGGCUCGUUUAUAAUCUUCUGUGCAAGCAGAGAGAAUCCGGAGGAUUUGUAUAACUUUAAUUUGAGGCCUGUAGUAAACUGGGCCUCAUUUAAUCCGUUCUCCCAUCACGCCACACUGUACAAGUUGCCUGAACAAUAAAACUACUUCAUCUUCAUUUGAAAACUGUUCAAUUUUAAAUUUAUUUGAAAACUGCUACAGCUUGUAGGUGUGCAGUUGCAAAUGAAUUUGUUCAAAUGCUGGGUUUGUUUUUUUGGAAACCAAUGUUACGUUGUCUUUUUUUAUAUAUAAUUAAACAACUACUGCACUCUU